AUGAAUGAAGUUCAGUGGUCUCUAAGUCUUAAUCUGAACCCAAUUCAGCUCUUUGACCCUCGAGGUGCUUUUGACACCUACAUAAAACCACUCAUGAAUAAGUAUGUACCCGACUUAAAGGGCAUACUCGUUCGUGUAAAUAAGCAGUCGUUGGAGCUGCAUCCCUCACCAGAUUUGGCAACGUGUCACGACACCAACUCUCAUUGCAUCAUUCGCUUUCAUCCUGAAUACCCUUUUGCUAAAGUCUAUCGUCCUCCUUUCGUUAGCUCAGUAGCUUUUGAGGAAACUACGAAGGUGAAUUUCUCGGUGAAUACCACGAUCUUCUGCGCCAGCGUUGGUCUCCAUGUGGACGCCACCGUCACUGCUGUUAAACACCAACGUAUAGUCUGCCGCUAUGGUGACACCUUUUGUAUCUACAUCAUCGUUCCACUACAAGGCCAGGACGCGGAACCUCUUCCAAAUGAUCCAGAAAGUAGUAACCCCAUCUCUGUUUUUCCUCGUGACCUCGUACAACUGGAAAUAUCGCGAGUCACCUACUCACCUGCUGGCGAUAGUCUAACCCUCUCGGGUCGCAUUUUGUCCGUCUUAAAGCGAGGAAAUUUGGCCAAGAAGGUUCUGGGUCUUGGUUUUGACAACCUAGAAGGAGAGGGGGCGACGGUUUCUGAGGUUGAGCCGGAAAAGUCAAAGAAGAGGAGUUUUAGUCAGUUGGAAAGUCAGGGCGAAGUGACGCCUGCCAAGAAGGAAAAGAGGUCGAAGAGGUCCAAGAAACAUCACGAGGAGGAGAACGAUGAAGAGAUUGAUCAGCUUGAUGAAGAAGAACAGCUUUAUGAGGUGACCCAACCCGUGAAACCAGACCAUACAGCACCUUCUGAGAAGUCAGUGAAGAAGGGAAAAUCCAAGAAGCAUGCCGUUGUGGAGGAUGAGGUUCAGCAAGAUAUGAUGACUGGAGUAGUCCUGGAACAGCCUCAGGAGACACCUGAUCUAUUAAGUCCCGACCCAACAACAACUGUCCCAAAGAAAAAGAAGUCUAAAAAGCAUUCUAUUGCUGAAGAAGAAACGUUUUCACAGGAGAUGGAAGCGGACGCGGUCUCUGAUCCAGUUCAGGAGAAUCAUGGUGUGGUAAAGCCUGAUCCACUGACUGUCUCGGGGGAAAGAAGUUCAAAGAAGUCUUCGCUUACUGAAAACAAUGAAGUGGGGGAACGUGUUUCUUUGAAGCCGGAUCCGGAUUCUGCCUUUGUGGAAGCACUGAAUACGAGAAGGACUUCCAAGAAGAGUAAACAUCAGGAGGCUACUCCGACGUCGGAAGCAGAAGAAGUUGAGGAGGAGACGGCUACACCAGUUCAGGGGCGGCACCCAGCGAUGUCUGUGCCUCUGAAAUUGGACCCAACAGAAUCACAUCGAUUGAAUCGGCACCUGGCUCGUGCGUCGGAUCAGAGCCCGGACAUUUCCACAUCCUCGGAAGAGGAGGAAUCGGAUGCGGACGCGAAGACGACUGUGGUGACACGGAGUUGA